AUGGAAAGCACGCAAGAAAACGAACUAUCAAUUGGUGUCGCUGAGUUAGAUGUCUCAUCUAACGUUGAAAUUUGCUCUAGUGUUUCAAAGGAAGAUGAAUCCGAAGACUUUUUCUUCGUCGUAGCGCCGCGGGGUCGGAUGGCUGACAAACUGGCUGCAGCUGCCCCGUAUAACUUUUUCCUAACCACCAUAACCGAUUCUCAACCUACGCAUACGGAACCACUCUCCAUCACCUUCCAAGAACUGCUUGAUCCGAGUCUGGGGGAGCUGGAAUGUUCGCUGCAGAUGAACUACUUGGUCGAUAUCGAUUGGCUGUUAAAACAUUACUCCUUGGCAGGUUACCAGAAUGUCCCUCUACUUGUACUGCAUGGUGAUGAAACACCCGAGUUGAGUACGGUUUCACAAGAGAAGCCUAAUGUUACUGCAUUGAAAGUGGAGAUUAAGACACCGUUCGGUGUCCAUCACACCAAGAUGGGCCUCUACGGAUAUCGUGACGGUUCGAUGCGUGUCGUCAUUUCGACCGCCAAUCUGUACGAGAACGAUUGGUACAAUCGUAUACAAGGGCUUUGGAUUAGUCCAAGAUUACCCGCCGUACCGGAGGGGUCAGACACAACGUACGGUGAAAGCAGAACCGAGUUCCGUACAAGCCUGCUGAAUUAUCUAGAUGCGUACAAACUGCACCAGCUACAACCGUGGAUGGAACGAAUAAGAAAAACGGACUUUUCGGACGUAAAGUAA